AUGUCCAGCUUUCCACUUCAGUACCCACCAGGCCGCGAGCUGACAGGCGGAGACCUACUAGCCCAAUCACUUAAGCAGCUCGGCGUGGAAGUCGCUUUUGGACUCCAUGGAGGCCAUCUAGAUGCCUUUCUAAUGGGAUGCGAGAGCAUCGGUAUUCGUCUCAUCGAUACUCGACACGAGACUGUGGCUGUCCAGGCUGCAGAGGGAUAUUGUCGGAUCAGUACAAAGCCAGGCGUGUGUUUUGUCACCGCCAACAGCGGCUUUUCAAAUGGACUCGCCGGUUUAGCUACGGCGUCUGCCGAUCGAAGCCCGAUUCUGUGUAUAACUUCUUCUCCUCCGAUUCGAGAUACGGAAAACAAUUCCCUUCAAGGAUCAAUCGAUCAAGUCGUUGCUGCACGUCCGUUGACGAAGUUCGCUCAUCGAGUUAUAGCACCGGAAGAAUGCCCAAGGAUUGUGUCCCAUGCAAUGCGGGUCGCUCAAUCUAGCCCACCAGGUCCCGUUCUUCUCGACUUCCCUAUCGAUGUACUCUUUUCCCCAAUCCAUCCCAAGCUCAUCUCGUGGGGGUCUAUUACAUCUCCACCAACAUACCCACCAGGUCCACAUCCUGCUGCCAUCGACGAAGCGGCUCAACUAAUCCGCGCAGCAAAGCGUCCUGUGAUCAUCACAGGGACCGGCGCAGGGAGACUCCAGGCACGAGAGAGUAUCUUUAAGCUAGCAGAAACAUGCAACAUCCCAGUCUUUAACAGUUCAGAAUAUGCUAUGUUUCAUCCACAAUCUAUCAUGCUUUCAAGCGGCACAGCAGGGACACUGGCGAAACUGCCACUUGUACAGCUCGCCAGACCAGACCUAGUGCUCCUCCUCGGUGCCCGGACAGGAAUGUUCCUCGGUGGCAAGAGCGGCGCCAUAAUCCCCCAUGACUGCACACUAAUUCAAGUCGACUGUGAUGGCAGUGAAAUCGGUCGUACAUUACCUGUCAAACUGGGAAUUGUUUCUGAUAUUGAAGCGUUUUCAUCAACGAUGUACACCAAGCUCGGAACUGCGUACCAAAGCUCUGCCGAUGAAGCAUGGGUCCAAUCGGUUCUGAGCCUGUCCUCUGCCAAAUCACCCUUCGAGAAAGAUCCUGCAGAAACAACGGGCCUUCUUCACCCUUACCAUGCGCUGAAAUCCCUCUUCUCCGCCAUCGAGCCGGGAAGUAUCAUUGUACUGGAUGGAGGGGAAGCAGGAGUCUGGGCAGGCGAUCUGGCAUCGCGUUGCCAACCUAGUACGGUCAUUACUUCGACAGGAUACCUAGGAUUCCUCGGCAACGGCUUCGGAUAUACACUCGGCAGUGCAAUUGCAGCACCCGAUCGCAAGGUCGUCAAUAUCCAAGGCGAUGGAUCUGCGGGCUUCCACAUAAUGGAGCUUGAUACAUACAAACGAUUCAAUUUGAAUGUCAUGACUGUUGUGGUCAACAACUCUGUUUGGGGGAUGAGCAUCAACGGGCAGGAUUUGGUAUAUGGAAGCAGUCACUCAGCACGACCGGCCAGUUCUCUGAAUCCUGAAACUGAGUAUGACGUUGUGGCGAAGGGAUUGCAGAAUACUGCUGCGAAGGUGACUAGGAUCUCUGAAAUUGCGAGCACUGUUGUCAAUUACCAGGAACAAUCGGGUCCAAGUUGCAUUAAUCUUAUUGUGGAUCGGAAGCCGACUCAUCCUGUUACGACUAUGAUGGUUGGGCUUACUGAUUCCCCGGACUUGGUUGUCGUGCCGUACUAUGAUAAUAUUCCACGGGCCUAUUAUAAGUUAUAA